AUGGAUAUUGAAAAUUUCAAUUGCGUUCUUGACCUCUCCAAGUGCCCUUUCAUUCAGGGAAAAGUGUUGUUAUCUCAGCCCAGGGACACUGGUUUUUCAUUUAGCCACGAUAUCAAUAGUCAUUUGGCCAGCCUCUCCACUGCUGGAAACACGAUCCCUAUUCCCGACCCUGCUGUUGAGGCUUUCUGUGCCCUGGAUAACUUGAAAGCCAGUGUUGAAAAUCAGGGCCAGAUUAAGAUGUACAUCAACGAAGUGUGUCGGGAGACCGUGUCACUUUGCUGCAACUCAUUUCUGCAGCAGGCCGGAUUAAAUUUGUUAAUAAUCAUGACAGUUAUUAAUAACAUACUUGCCAAGUCCGUUUCAGACUUGAAGUUUCCUUUGAUACCAGAGGGAAGUGAAUGUGCUGAGGGGCACGUUGUGAAACCCUUGAUGGGUUUGUCUGAAAAGCCAGUCUUGGCGGGGGAGUUGAUGGGAGCCCAGAUGUUGCUCUCCUUCCUGUCCCUCUUUAUCAGGAACACAAACAGACAGCUUCUCCCAGAAAUCCCGGCCUCUUAAAUGGCCCCCUCCAACAGGAUGGGACUGAUCCACCCCGAACCAAAUCCCGAUCAGUGAACACACACUUGUGUUCUCAAUCAAAGACUCUGCAGUGGGUGCUAUUGAAGAUCCAGCCUUAGCCAAUAGCCAUAUCUCUGGGUGAAAGUUACACUUGCUAAAUCCAGGACCACUCUCUUGUUGGCCAGGCAGGGGUUCCCACAGAGCUUUGAGUAACCUCUUGGUUUUGCAGUCUGCAGGCAGUGCGCAUUGUAAAUUGCUCCCUUGCGGCCUUCUUCCUGUGGUAAAGGGAUCGUUUCAGCUGUGGGGUGAAAGAACAACAUUUUCUAGCCUGACAAGGGAUGCCUUGCCUGUGGUGGUCUCCCUGUCUAAGCUGGACCAUCUUGUGGAGACCAGACCCAUAUGGGAGCUUGUGCCGAAAAUGCAUUGGUUGCUGCGUAGGUUGAAUUCUUUUUCAUUUGCUCUCUUUUCUUCACGAGCCUAUGGAUGGUAAACCUAUUCAGCAAAAAAUGUACACUCCCCUUCUAUGAGCUGUACUGACUCAGCCUCGUCCACCAAGUCGGCAUUUUUAUGUAUCACCAAUAAAGCUGUGUGCUUUAGCUCGCAAAAA